UUAUAUUGCAUCAGUGCACUCUCUUUAAUUUCCCUCUCUGCUAUAAAUAUAUAUACCUCUCAUCCUCACCCCCUCGUCAUAUCUUUCUUCUCCAAACAUGAAAAUCUUCUCAAUCUUCUUUAUUGCUAUUCUCCUCAUACAGGGGUUUGGAGAGGCCUUGCUCAUGGAUGACUUCAAUAAUUCUGUAACCAAAAUGAAUGAAGACAGUAGGGUGGGAGCCCUUUUCAAGAAAAGUCAUCAUCCAAAAAUAAAUUGUGGGCAUGCAUGCGCAAGAAGAUGUAGGAAAUCAUCAAGAAAGAAUGUGUGCAGUAGAGCAUGCAAGACGUGCUGCAGGAGAUGCAAUUGUGUCCCGCCGGGAACUUACGGCAACAAGCAUCUUUGCCCUUGCUAUGCCCGCCUUAAGACUCAUGGAAACAAGCUUAAGUGUCCAUAAUUCGUUUUGACGAUAGAUAGUUCAACUGGUCACAAAGGUGAAAUUUGUCAUAAGAAACAUGGAUGAGUAACUUAGCCUCUGUUGACUAUUUGAGUCACUUUAUUUAAUAUAUCUUUCGGAAGGCAUAUGGGUGAGCGAUUCCACCUUUUUUGUCAAAAGCAUAUUAUCAAUAUGACAAGACGGAUAGCAUGAUAUUAGUAUGACAAUGUAAUAAUAAAAGAAUAAAUAGACUUUUAUUUUACCUUA